AUGCCUUCUCCUCCGAACACCCCCUCUCCUCCUCCCACCAUGAGUUCUCCUCCUCCCGCCCCCCCCUCUCUUCCUCCCACCAUGCCUUCACCUCCCCCCGCCAUGCCUUCUCCUCCUCCCGCCAUGCCUUCUCCUCUUUUCGCCAUGCCUUCUCCUCCUCCUGCCAUGCCUUCUCCUCCUCCCGCCACCCCCUCUCCUCCUCCCACCAUGCCUUCUCCUCUCGCCACCCCCUCCAAUCCGCCCACCAUGCCUUCUCCUCCCGCCACCCCCUCUCCUCCUUCCGCCAUGCCUUCUCCUCCUCCCGUCACCCCCUCUCCUCCUCCCACCAUGCCUUCUCCUCCUCCCGUCACCCCCUCUCCUCCUCCCACCAUGCCUUCUCCUCCUCCCGCCACCGCCUCUCCUCCUCCUAACAUGCCUUCUCCCCCCCCCCCCCCGCCAUGCCUUAUCCUCCUCUUGCCAUGCCUUGUCCUCCCACCAUGCCUUCUCCUCCUCCCACCAUCCCCUCUCCUCCUCCCGCCAUGCCUUCUCCUCCUCCCGCCACCUCUUCUCCUCCCGCCAUCCCUUCUCCUCCUCCCGCCACCCCCUCUCCUCAUCUCACUACGCCUUCUCCUCUCGCCAUGCCUUCUCCUCCCGCCACCCUCUCUCCUCCCCUCACCACCCCCUCUCCUCCUCCCACCAUGCCUUCUCCUCCCCCCGCCACCCGUUCUCCUCCUCCUGCCAUGCCUUCUCCUCCUCCCGCCACCCCUUCUCCUCCUCCCGCCACUCCUCCUCCUCCUCCCUCAUCUCCCCCCCUGCUUCCCACCUUUUCCCCGCCUGCUUCCCCUAUUUCCACCCUCCGCUCCUCAUUCCCCACCUUCUCAACUCUCUGACCUCCGCACUUUUUUCAACACUGCUUCUUUUCUCCCCCUCUUCUCCCCCCCCCCCCCCCCCCCCCCCCCCCCCCUUUACGACACACCUCACCAGCAAUGUCAUCAUGGCGACGAAUUCCUCGGCAAAGGCUGA